UUCAUCAAGGGUUCAAUAACUAAAGAUAUCAUAGACUUUUAACCAAAAACUAUCCAAUUCAAUUUCACGUGUACAUGUCGUUCCGAUUUUAUUCAACCAUUUCAUUUUAAACGAUUGAUUGACAGUCGUUAAUUUCAAGUGAAUCAUUAAAUGAAACGUGAGGGCGGAAGAUUUUCAAGCAUUGAUGUCCGGUAAAUUUACAUUUUAACUUGGUGUACUAUUAACCGUAUCAGUUAUAUUAUAUGGAUAUUUAGAUGUUGAAAUGCAUUGGAAGGAACAUUUUAAGCUGAAGGAAUUCGGACUAGCCUAUAGUCGUCCCCAAGAUUUCGUAACUUUACAACAUGGACCACAGAUUUUAUAUGUUAUUUGGGCAGCACUUUGGUUAGCCUAUCAUCUGAUAUGGAUAUUGAUAGAAGCAUACUGGAGUCUAACUAAUGCACCUGGAAAAUGGAUGCUGCUGUUGACCAAUCUAAGUUACCUGGCUUUGGCAUUUUUGACAUUGGUAGAUUUUGUCUGCUGUCUAUAUGUAUGCUGCUUGAGGCCAGACAUAGCAAAUGGUAGAAUAAAAUAUUUGCCAUGGUAUAUAAAAGUACAGUGGAUAACUUUGAAUAUAUGUGGACAUGCAGCUGUACAAGUUACUCUACUUUAUUGGGCCAUGAUAGCGACAUCUACAAAAGCCUCAACCAUAAACAAGCACGGGAUAAACCUUGUCCACAUAUUGCUGCUUGUAAUGGUAUCAGCUAAACCAAUCAAAUUUCAACAUUUUUAUAUGGCAGUGUUGUCAUCCAUCUUUUACAUCUUUGUUAACGUAAUGUAUUACCUGGCUAGUGGACGAAUACUCUAUCAGUUUUUAAACUGGACAAAGCCUGGAACAACUACAGUUCUGUCGUUAUUAUUUAUAUUUGUUUCAACUCCAUUGUCUCAUUUCUUAUUGUUUGGCAUAUAUAAACUACGUGUGUAUCUUUAUAAAAAGCUGGUGACUUCAAGAUAUGAAAAUCGGUACCGGAAAGAAAAAGAAGAGGAAGAUUUAGAAGAGAUAACAUUCGAAAACGGACUGGACAAAAAUCGCAACUCAAAAGAAAAAGAAAAAACAGAAAUCUUUUGACUGGAUGAUGAAAAACAAUCGUAGAAACUAAUAUGCAUUUAUAAAUACAUAUACAGAUUGUUAUGUUGAUAGUGCUAGAUUGAAACACAUGCCUUUUUGGAUAAUGUGUUCCUUUUGUUAUUAUUAUAAUAGAAAGUAGAGGAAAAUUACAUAAGUGUUUUAUUUAAGUAAUUAAUGUACUUUAAAUUAUGUUAACGUUUUUUCCACAUUUAUUUCUUGUGACUUUUAACUUUUUGGUUGAAUCCCAACAUAUACCAGUUGUUCUAUUUCCAAAGAUGAAAAGUUAAAUCAUAAAAAACGACCUCCGAGGCAAAAUUCAAAAUGAAAGGUCUCUUAUCAAACGAAUGGAUAACAACUAUCAUAGUCCCAUCAAUCUAUAUUAUUCCAAUGUUUUAGUGCACAUAUUUGGUAUGCGUUAUUUUAUGAUUUGAUUAUAAACUGUUUAAACAGCUAAAAUAGGAAUUAUAAGUCAAACAGCUCCAUCAAUCGAAGGUUGUAUAGUAUCUUAAUUAUAAUCAUCAUUAUGAGAGAGCUGUUGUUAUCUUAGUAAAACUUUAUUUCUAGUCUUAAAUGUGGACUUUUUAUAUAAUCCGAGGUUGCAUAGUUAAAACAUGGAAAAUGCAUACUAUACCAUAACGUGCUAUAAGUUCAUCCUUACGACAAUCAGUAUACCUAAACGUAAUCGCAUAAACCUCUUGUUUAAUUUUUUUUAGAAUUGGGUUGAUUUUUAUGAAUAUAAAUGAAUUGUCAUGCAUAGAUGUGCAUCAAAGUACAUUUUGUGAAGAAGAAGUAAACGUGAUAGUGUUUUAUUUUUUGAUAGAUUGGCUUAAAAUACAUGGUUUCCUUUUUUAAUGCAUAUUUUUAGUGUUUCUGUUUUUAUUAAAUAAUCGAUAUGAUAUGAGCUGGACUCUAGUUAUUUUCGUUGAUGUAGGAAUUGACUGCUAGAAAGAUGACCGUGUUGCCAUAUUGUCUAAUUUUGAUGCUUAAUGUCGAAUCGCUGAUUUUUUGUCGCAAAAACAAUCACAUUCAAUUCUAUUAAGCCUAAUAAUGAUAUAAAUCCCCCCCACCCCGAUUUGAGAUUUAAUUUCUGAACCACAUUUUAGUUAUGAUCCGUUUUAAGUCGAAGUCUUAAAAAAGUUAGGACAAGAAGUGUGUGUUUAUUAAAUUUUCCAAAAUUUAGUGUUGAAAUGUUCAGGGUAUUUUGCGAUUUUUUUUAUAAAAUAUACCAUAUUUACAACUUGCAAGCUUUAAUUUUUUUCGUUUUAUACAUGUAGUAUUGAGUACACAUUUCAUUAUAUACACUAUAACCUCACUUCAACACCAUCUACUUAGUAUGUAACUAGUGUAACUCUUAUUACAUCCACAGGAUUCUAAUAAGCUUAUGUAACUUAUACAUGACUGUCAUAAUUUAAGGUUAACAGGUUUUAAAAAUAUUUUAAAAUCUAAAGAUUGAGAAAAUAAAUAUUUUAACUGUAA